AAAGAGUACGGUACUCUGAGCUGGACUUUGAGAAAGUGAUGCACACUCGCAAAAGACACUCUGAGCUCUACCAUGAACUCAACCACUCUUCCAAGUUCCACACCAUAGACAGGUAUAGCAGGGACCCAGCCAUGUCCACAUUCAAGAGGGAAAAGCGUUGGAGCAUUUCUUCUGCCGGAGGUGAAAAGAACUCCUCGAGUGAGAAGUCCACAGCAGACGACCAGCACUCCUGGGACAGCUUCAAGAGCAUGACACCUGACCCCAUGGGUCUCCUUGGCGACCAAUCCGACCGCCUGGAGCUCCACAACAAGAUUUGGGACGCCCCCUCUGCCAACACCCCCGAAGCGUCCGAGGGGGACUUUCAGACUGAAGUGUGACAUGAACUGAAAACACACAUUUUCACACACACACACACACACACACACACACACACACACACACACACACAAAUCCGUACAGGAAAAAACAACAACACUUGAUAUAUAUAUAUAUACUCUUUACAAAGGCAGACCUCUGACCUUCCCGAAGAGAAUCAAACUCCUGUUGACACUUCAUUUCUGUGUUCUCAAAGCGAAGACUUUCUUGUAUAUGCCAGAGGGAUUAAUGGACCUGGACAAAAAAAAAAAGAAAAAAAACGAGAAGAGAGGAUGGUUCUACUCUAUAUUUUCACACGAACACUUUAAAAUUGAGAUGAGGAGAGGCUGGGGGAGGAUAGAAUGGGGGUGGGAGGGGAUUUUUAAGAAAAAAAAACAAAACAAAAAACUGUUUCUGAAAUGUCUUGAUUUUACUCCAGAAAAAAAGGAUCCUCUUUCACGUGUUUGAUGAUUUGAAACAAAAAGAGACAAAAAAAAAUAAGAAGAAUAUUUCUGCACCAUUCUUUUUAUAGAGAAAAAAGAUAUUGUACUGAUGUUUGGCUCUCUGUAUCUCCCCUCUUCUCUCGCUCCCUCCCCCUGGGGACCCGUCUCCUGUUCACUCCCCUCCUCCUCCUGAAGGAUAACCCAAAACUAUUUUUAAGGGGGG